UACACAAAUAAAGACACACACACGCAAGCAAAGCGACAGACACACAAAUAAAGACAGCCCGAUACAAAGACAAAGGCAGGUACACAGACACACACCGAGGCAGCUACACGGACACAAAGACACACAUCGACUGCCACCGUCAUCAAUCCUUCUGCGCUCCCACCCUACUUGUCGGGACGUCGCAUCUCCCGACUCCCGCCUAUAGGCGAUGCGCCCUGCGCCCCGCAUGAGCGGCAUGACUUACACUCACUACCUCGCGCUCAUCCGCCGCUCAUCGGGAGCGAACCCAGGGAGCCGAGGACAGGGUAACUCUGCCGACGACGACGACGGCGGCGAGGCUCAUCCUUCGGCCGCUGCGACGGUGACGGACAGCGAGGAGCGACGAUCUGUCAGGGGACGCGAGGAGGAGGAGAUGGUGAUCAACGGAAGGAUGAAGGUUGCCUUCCCAAGCGACAAGGCGAAUGAAUGUACCUCGCCCGCAUCGGCCGAGUCUUGCGGGCGCAGUGACCCUCUCCUGCUCGCGAUAGAGGCGGGAGACGCUGAGGCCCUGAGAGGACUGCUCAGGGUGGAGAGGGACCUGGGCCGAGACCUGGAACCGAACCUAGGCAGCAAGGACCAGGGGCCAGAGAAGGCCUCAGGCUGGAUGAGUCUUCACGUGGCGUCGUGGCGAGGGGAGACUCAAUGCCUACGACUGCUCCUCAAAGAGUUCCCAGGCUGGGUGGAUCGCCGCACCCUGAACGAGGAGACGGGACUCUUGCUCGCCACUCGCCGAGGUCACGUGGCCUGCAUGCGCCUGCUGCUGGAGGAGGGGGGCGCGAACCCAGACAUCUGCGCUAACAACCGGGAGACUCCGCUCUACUCGGCGUGCGAGCGCGGGGACCUCGCCGCCGCGUCGCUGCUCCUCCAGUUUGGCGCCGACCCGGCCCAGCGCUGCGCGCGCGGCUCCACCGCGCUCCACGCCGCGUCGGCACGCGGCUCCGUGGAGCUCCUCGCCCUCCUCCUUCAGCUCCAGCCCCAGCCAAGGCCGGGUCCCGGGUCCCGCGCGCCGCUGCUGGCCUCCGGCUGCUGCCGCGGCCUCACCGCGCUGCACUACGCCGCGCAGCGCGGCCACGCGGACGCGGUGCGGUGUCUCAUCGACGCCGGCUCUGCCGUGAACGCGCAGGCCAGCGACGGGGGCACCCCGCUGCUCGAGGCCGUUCGCGGAGGCCACGUGGCUGCUGCCCGGAUGCUGCUGAUCCGCGGAGAGGCCGACGCUAACAUCCCCGCGGAAGUCCGGGCCCCGGCACGGGAACGUGGAGUGGGCGCAGCCGGCAAAGACGCCCCGCAGCGCGUCUUGCCCCUGCACGAAGCGGCCGGGCAGGGCUGCGUCGAGCUGCUGGACCUGCUGCUGCCCGCCACGUCGCGAGCGUGCGUGCGCCGGACCCCCUCGAGCCCCCUGCUCCCCGCGGCCCUGGGGGGGCACGCGGGGGCCCUGCGCCGGCUCCUCUCCGCCGGCUACUGCCCCAACGGCAACGGCCAGGCCGGGGGGCCAGGGAACGGGGCCGGCGGAAACGGUGGGGGGGCGACGGCUCGGAGCCCCCUGCACGCCGCCGUCUCCGCCCGGCGCGAGGACUGCGUCCGGCUGCUGCUGGCCGGCGGGGCGGACCCCGACGGAGACCCCCGCGGAGACCCCGAGCCGCCCGUCGUGACGGCCGCGCGUCUCGGCGACGCCGGUGCCGUGCGGCUGCUGUUGGAUGGCGGCGCGGACUGGGGGGCCGGGGCUCGAGCGGGGGGUUGCGGGCGUGGAGGAGGUGGAGGUUCCUGCGCCUUCCCGGCGGUGGUGGCGCUGGCGAGAGGCCACCCGGCCAUGCUCAAGGACGGAUUCCACCGCUGCGUUCCGUCUCGAACACCGCGGAACGCAACGGCGCUCUCCCUCUCCUGCUGCUCCUGCCCCACCGUCGUCUCUUGCUCUAAAGUUCCCCAGCUGUCAUCAGCGGUUCUCCGUUGCUGGCUUUCGAACUCCUCAAUCCCCCCAUCUCUACCCCAUGUGUCUACAGUGACGUUUAAUUCAAGACACACGUGGUUGGAUCUUCUCUGCUGUCGCCAUGUUCCUGGAUGCCGGAUGCGACGCCGCCGCUUGCUUCAGGUGCCGCCUGGAGCCGGGCGCGAACCCCCGCAGUGGAGAGGCGCGACCCCUGCAGACAACCCGCGCACCCUCGCUCACCUGUGCCGUGUGAGCGUGCGAGCCUCCGUCGGCUCUCCCCGUCUGCGCCAGCUGCGCACGCUACCCCUGCCGCGGAGGCUGCUCGACUACAUCCUCCACGCUCACCCCUAAUUCGUCGAAAGCGCGAGUUCCACUCCGGGCCCAGGGCUUAAUUUCAGCCGGUGCGUGGCCUGUAUAUCUCCCCACUGUGGCUGUGGUGAUACGUCCCCUACCAGUCCCAUGACUACUUCGUUCUACCAGGAAAACUGGAAAUUAUUUAUUGAAGAAACUGAGUUUCUGAUGUGGUCCGUGUCUCUUCAUCAGCCAUGGUCAUCUUGGCGAGGUGUCCCUCGUAGGGCCUGACCCAUUUUUCCACCGCAGCAUUGUCCUCUCUUAUUCUUGGUUCUUCCGGUAAAGUCACGUUGAAGGGAAACAAUAAAAUAAUAAAAUAUAUAUAAAACAAUAAAAUUCUCUCGACUGUAACACAAACAGUCAUCAUCAGGUGUCCUCUCACUCAAGCUGGCCUUGAUUGCUUAAGAUCGGCGACGGUUCAAUUUGGCGCGAUAUUUAAUCAGUGGGCAUGCGACGGCGCCUUUACCAACGGGAAGUGACCGGCGUGGAGAAGUAUGGCCGAAAAACUCAUUUGCCCGACACGGCACAGGGGGGGGAGGGAGGAGCCUUCUUCAUCCAGCAGUGGAUUAACACAUUUGCUGUAAACACAGGGUGCUUAAAAAAAUUGUUAACACUUCCGAGAAUUUGCAA